AUGGUUAACUUUUGCAAACCAGACAAACUUCUUAUAGAAUACAGUGAGCUUAGAUGCAUAUGUUUUUUUUAUAUUUUUUUAUUAUUAUGUUUUUUUAUUUGGGUUUUUCAUAAAAAAUGGAUGCGAGAUAACAUAGAAAAAAAACACAAAUUAAAAAAUUAUCAAGCUAUUUUUAAAAGUGAAAAUGUUGAAUUUUUUAAUUACAUCUAUGAAUCCGAUGAUCCCAAUGAAAUUGUAGUAAAACAAAAAGGAUAUAAAAAUUGUUAUAUUGGUUUUUUACUAAAAAAAAUAUCAAUAUUUUUAUACAUAUGUACACAUCUAAUUAUAAUAGCUUUAAUAUCAAAUGAAUAUUGUAUUAAAACAAAUAAUGAAAUAUUAUGGAAUGCUAGAGCUUUGGAAUUUUUUAUAUUUUUUUUAUUAAGCUUAACUAUAACAUAUGGUAUAUUAAUAAUUAGAAAACAUAUACAAAGCUUAUUUUUAAAACCAUCUCUUUUAAAAGAUAGUGAUUAUGUUAUCAUAUAUACUAUAAAUGAAGAAUAUAACACAUUUUACAAUACAAACUAUUUUAAAAAAUAUAUAUCACAUAUCAAUCAUAUGAUACACACUUUUAUAAAAAAAAAAAAAAAAAAUAUAAAAAAAAAUAUAAAAAAAUGGAAUUUCCAAAAAUAUAAUAUCUUAUUUUUACAAUUUGUUUGCAACUUGUUAGAUAUAAUUCAAAAUUAUAUUCCUUUCCCAAUUUUUUUAGAAAAAAUAAUUAAAAAUAUAAAAGAAUCAAAAGUAUCACAUCUAAAUACACACUCUUUUCAUGACACAAAAAAAAAAACUCACAAUUUGUAUACAAACCCGUUAUUUAUUGAAAAUGAUGUAGAAUCUCUGUCUGAUUCAGAAAUAAGAGCUAGCAACAGUCAUAUUGAAUCGUCUCAAUGUGUAGUAGAAAAAAAGAAGCGAAAAGAAGAAGCACGCCAAACCAAAUUUAGCUUACACAAAGUGCAAGUUAAGAAAAAUGAAAAAAAUGUUAAAUAUUUCUUUUUUAGAAGUAUGAAAUAUUUAUAUAACGAAGAAAAAGAUGCAUUUAUUAAUAUAUCUUAUAGUAUUGAAGAAAAAGUAAAAAGUUUUAAUUUUAAUUAUAUUUUAAAAAAAGGAGGAUUAAAUAAUAAUGAAAUUAUAAAUAAUCUGAAUCAGUAUGGUUAUAAUAAUAUACAUCUAGAUGUAAACUCAUUUUUUAUAAAUCUUAAAAGAGAAUUAUUAGAUGGAAUAUAUAUGUUUCAACUUUAUCUAACUUAUAAAAAUUUAUUUUGGAAAGAAAUGAUUACCUCAAUAAUUUGGAUUGUUAUAUCUAUUUUAAGUGUAAUUAAAAAAGUUUUAAAGAAUCAAAAAAAUAAAAAAGAAAUAUAUGAUAAUAUACAAUCAAAUAGUAACAUUAACGUAACAGUUUAUAGAAAUGGGUUAGAACAAAAUAUAUCAUCUAACAAUUUAACAAUUGGUGAUAUAAUUAUUGUUAAAUCUAAAAUGACAAUUCCUUGUGAUUGUUUAUUAUUAACUGGACAGGUUCUAGUAGAUGAAAGUUUGUUAACUGGUGAAUCAAAACCUAUGAAAAAAAUAGCUACAUCUAACGAAAAUCGAUCACAAAUUUUUAAAAAUGAAAAAGAACAAAAUAAUGAUACAUCAUUUUCUAUAAAUGAACAAAAUAAAAUAAAUGCAAAUAAUAUGUUAUAUGCUGGUACAAACAUUAUAUCCAUUUUUAAUUCACCUGAAAAUAUUUAUGCAAUUGUAAUAAAUGUGAGUAUAUAUACAUAUAAAGGAAAAUAUAUGCAAAGUGUUCUAUUCCCAAAUCCUUUGCUUUUUAAAUAUGAUUCACAAUUACCAAUUGUAUUCAUAUUUACAAUUAUUUUUAGUUUUUUUUGUUUCUAUUUCCAAAUUAAAUAUUUAGGUUUUAAUAUGACAUCUAUUUUUUAUACUAUUGGAACUUUAUCACAAAUAUUACCUGUAUGGACCCCUGUUGUAUUAAAUAUUGGACUAAAUAUUUCAACAAAUCGUUUAAAAAAUGAAAAUAAUAUUUGUUGUAUUGCUCCUUCUAGAAUUCCAAUUUGUGGAAAAAUCAGAGUUUUUUUUUUUGAUAAAACAGGAACUAUUACUAAUCAUAAUUUAGAAUUUUCAGGAAUACAUUUUUGUAAUAAUAUUUUAUCACCUCAAAAAAAUUUAGUAUCUAAAUAUUUUGAAAAAAAAAAUCUAGAACCCGUAGCUAGCGAUGAUAUCAGUGCUUCUGUCCUCACAUCUUCCAGACCAAACACAAGUCCGCUAACUCUAACUGAGCUGGCCACAAAUGAUAAAAAGGAACGCGAUAAAAAGGAACGCGAUAAAAAGGGACGUGAUAAAAAGGAACGCGAUAAAAAGGGACGUGAUAAAAAGGAACGUGAUAAAAAGGAACGUGAUAAUAAAGAAAGUGACAACAGAAUAGAUAAAAACAGUGCAAAAAAUGGAGAAAAUACUAAAUCAGGCAAUUCUUAUUAUUGCAGUGUUUACAACGAAGAAGAAGAAGAAGAAAAUAUAAAUUCUACAACACUUGAAAAAUUAAAUUUAAAUAAAAAUAUUCGUGAACAAAAUUAUAAUCAAACUAACAAAAUAGAAAUUAUAGAUAAAUCAUCCAAUUCUGAAAAAGAUGAUUUUAAAUCACCAAAUUUUUCUAUUUGUGAAAAAAAUAGCCAAUCUAGUAAUGACGAUUUAUUUCAAAGUUAUGACGAAGGAGAAUAUCAAAAACAUUCUGAACAUAUUCCAAUUAAAGAUGAAAAAAUUUAUACCAAUCAUCAAUCUAGUCAUUUUGAUCAACUUGGAAAAGAUGAAGAAAUUCGAAAAGAUGCGGAAAUUCGAAAAGAUGAAGAAAUUCGAAAAGAUGAAGAAAUUCGUAAAAAUGAAGAAAAUUUUAACGGCCAUAGCAAUCUAUCAGCCAAUUCGAAUAAUAUAAACUAUUUUCCAAAUAAACUAAUAAAAGAAGAAAAUAGAAAAAAAAAAAAAAAAAAUUCAAGGCAUGAUGAAAAUAACAAUAUAUCAAAUAUAAAUAAACAUUUUAUAAAUUCAAAUUCUUCUAUUAAUUCAGUAACAUCACUUCUAUAUAAUAGCAAACUAAUAUGGUCAAAUAAAAUAACUCUCGAAAAUAUGCCAGAUAAUUAUAAUUUAAUAGUAUAUGCAUUAGCAGGAUGUGCAUGUAUAUAUGAUGAUGAUAAUAUAAUAUAUGGAAAUGAAAUUGAUAAGAAAUUAUAUGAAACAACAGAUAUGGUUAUACAUAAUUAUAUUAAUGGUGAUAAUAUUAAUGUAAAAAGAAUUUCAUUAAAAUUAGGUUCUAUUUAUAAAUCUUUUGAUGUGAUUAAAACUUUUGAAUUUGAUUAUUACACAAAAAUAUCUACAACUUUGACAUAUGGUUAUUUUGAUUUUACAGAAAAAGUUUAUAUUGUAUUUUCAAAAGGCUCGUUUGAUAAAAUAUAUCAAAAAUGUAUUAAAACAGAUGAACUUUAUUUUUAUAAACAAAAAGAACAAGAAUAUAGUAAAAACGGGUUCUAUGUCAUUGCAUUAGCAUUUAAAAUUAUAUAUGAUUUACCAAAAAACAAAAAAAAAAAUAAUUUUUAUAAUUUAUCAAGAGAUGAAAUGGAAACAGAUAUGAAUUUUCUUUCCUUAAUUAUGUUUAAUAAUCAUAUAAAAGUAGAUGCACAUUAUGUAAUACAAACUUUAAAGGAUUCACGUAUUCGCCCAAUUAUACUAACUGGUGAUAAUGCAUAUAAUUGUUUAUAUGUUGGAAAUAAAAUCGGAUUAUUUAAUAACAUAAACACUUAUGAAUCUUUUUAUUCCUUAAAUGUUAAUUCAAAUAAUAAUAUAGAUCAUUCUAACAAAAAAAAAAAUACUAAUUUUUCUAAUAACAAUUCUUUUAAUUUAAGUGACAUAAAAUUUAUGCCUUUUGAAAAUCUUUUCAAAUAUAGUUCUGAAUCUAAAAAUUUUAAAGAAAAUAUGAACGUUAACCAAAUUUAUGAUAAUAAUAAUGAUAAUGAUGAUGAUAAUGAUGAUAAUGAUGAUGAUAAUGAUAAUGAUAAUGAUAAUAAUAAUAAUAGUAAUAGUAAUAAUAAUAAUGGUGAUGAUGAUAAUAACGGUGUAGCCAAAAAAAAAAGACAAAAUUCAAAAUAUAAUACUAUCAACACUAUAAAUCAAUAUGGUAGUAAUAUUCUUGAUAUAGAUGCAUCUAAAAUUGAAGAAGAAUAUCUUUUAGAAUCAUAUAAAAAUAUGAAUCCUGUAAAUGAUGAUACAUAUAAUUAUGAUCAAAAUAUUAUAGUAUAUGGAUAUAUAUUAAAUAACGAAUUAAUAUUUGUUAAUAUACACAAUGAUAAUAAAAUAAACAAUACAAUUGUUUUAUAUAAAGAUAUAUAUAAAGAAAUUAUACUAACUGGUGAAGCUUAUAAUUAUAUAAGAGAUCAUAUUUUUAAAAUUCAAAAUUUUGAAAAUGAAACUAAUUCAAAUUUAAUACAUACUAAUAAUAAUAAUAAUACCUUCAAACAAAACCCUUUUUUAGAACAAUAUAAAAAUUUUCUUUUAAAAGUUAGAAUAUUUUCAAGACUUACCCCUAAUAAUAAAAUGGAAAUAAUUAAAGAUUUCACUAAAUUUGAUUAUAUAUCAGGAAUGUGUGGGGAUGGUAGUAAUGAUUGUGGAGCUUUAAAAACAUCACAUGCGGGUUUGGCUUUAUCUAAUUCUGAUACAUCUGUUGUAGCCCCAUUUAGUGCAAAAAAUGAGAAUUUAAAAAGUGUUAUAGAUAUAUUGAGAGAAGGUAGAGCCUGUUUAGUUACAUCUAUAAAUUGUUAUAAAUAUAUGUUAUUAUAUGGGUUCAUGAUAUCAAUUAUAAAAAUUAUUCUUUUUAUGCGCGCUCAUGCAAUUAUGUCAGAAUAUGGUUAUUUAUUUUUUGAUAAUAUUAUAUUACUAUUAUUAGCAAAAUCUAUGACAUUAUCUAAGCCUGAAUAUAAAUUAAAAACACAAACCCCUACUUCAAGUAUUAUUGGAGCCCAAACUAUAUUAUCUUUAUUAUGUACCCUAAUAGUUAAUUUUUUCUUUUUAUAUAUUAUUAUGUUUAAAUUUUUUUUUCUAUGUAAUUUACCAUCCUCUUAUGAUAUUAAUAGUUCAGCCCCUAAAUCUUCUUGGUGGCUCAUGAGUGAUAACUACGAAAGUUUUCUAACAUGUAUUUGGUUUUGUUUUCAAAUUGUUAAUAGUGCCUUUAUAUUAACACUUGGUGGAAAAUAUAGGAAACAUAUUUUUUCUAAUUACACAUUCAUGAUAUAUUAUGUCUUAAUUAAUUUAUUUUUGUUUUAUCUAACUAUUGGAGGUCCCAAUAAACUGACAUGUCUUUUCCGUAUGAAUUGCAAUGAUGAAAUUUCAAGACAAACCAAAUUUAAAAUUUUGGAAUUAUUUUCAUAUUCAGCUGGAGGUUUAUCCUUUUAUGGCCCCAAUGGGAAUAAUAUUCUAAGUACUCAAGUUAAAAUAAAAUUUCUUUUUUUAAAUUUUUUAAAUAUAAUUAUUAAUAUUUUAAUAUCUAAAUAUGUUUUAUGUGAAAGAUUUUAUAAUAUUGUCAGAAAAAUUUUUAAAAUUCAAAAUAGACGAAUUCCCACUUAG